GAAGUUAUAAACGAUGUAAUUAUGUGUACAUCAGUAAUUGAUUAGGUAUGUCUUGACAUGCAUCAUGUUGAGGUCAGGAAAAGCAUCUGUCCCCACGAGUAGCGUUGACUUAAGUUGUCUGCAGUAUUUACAAGCUUAAAUGGGUUCUGCGUGUGAUUUAAUAUUAUAAUUUUACAGUACGUCCUUGACAAUGUUUCGGUUUUUAUCCCAUCCGUUUGUUAGGGCAGGAUUUAGCAUCAAGGACCACAAUGUUAGGCACUUCUCUGUUGUCAGGUUCAGUGUCACAACCCCAUGGCGUUCAGUGCCUAGAUCUAAUACAUUGUGUUUGGGCACUGCAUGUCCAGUACAGUUCAAACAAACAGACGAACAACGGAGACAGUUUGCCGAAUCAGUACAGCCAACGUUCCGUCGAAGGUCGCGGGAUAAGACAGAUGUGAGCGCCUCCUCUACGAACCCGGAGCGCGACACUGAGAUCCCGGAGCCCCCUCGUGCUUUUGGUGAGUACGCCAACAGAAUGAGAUUCAACAAGUCCUCACCCCAGUACGUGGACCUGCAGUACAAUGAAGGAGAGGAAGUAAAGCAGCGGCUUAAAUUUAAAUCUAGGACGGGACGGAGAAACACACCAUACUGGUAUUUUCUUCAGUUCAAGAAACUAAUCAAGCAGGACCAGCUGCCUGAAGCGUUGCGCAUGUUUGAGACAGAGAUGCUGCAAGGAGAAAGACUUCAGCCCGAGGAGUUCAACUACACGAUCCUGAUGGGAGGCUGUGGCCGGGUUGGAUACAUCAAGAAAGCCUUCAAGCUCUUUCAUGAUAUGAAGAAGCGAGGCCUAGAGCCUACAGAUGCCACUUACACUGCCCUCUUCAACGCUUGCGCUGAGUCACCAUGGAAACGGUCAGCGCUGGAGCAGGCUCUGAAACUGGAGCAAGAGCUGCGCCAGAGGAACAUUCAGCUCAAUUCCAUUACCUAUCAUGCUCUGCUGAAGACCAUGGCUCUCAGCGCUGACCUCCAAAGCAGUUUCCGCGUGUUUCGGGAUAUGCUGGACAGUGGACACCACAUAACACAAGAAACCUUUCAUUACCUGCUGAUGAGCUGUGUAAAAGACAAGACUGAUGGCUUCAGACUUGCACUGCAGGUUUGGCACCAGAUGUUGAACUUGGGUAUAAAGCCGGACACUCAGAACUACAACAUUAUACUGCGUGCCGCAAGGGACUGUGGGAUUGGAGAUGUCGCUGUGGCCUCUAAGUUACUUUUAAAAACCAAAAAUGACUCCCCUCUCACACUUGGGGCCGGGAAGAGGGACCGCAGAGCCAAAACCAAAGAGAGGUCCGGCCCCAAGCCCCUGGACCUCGAUGCUUUUGAAAGCCAGUUGUUUGUGGAUACACGCUCACAGCAGGUCAACAAAGAGAGCGAGAAGUCGACUGAAGAACUCAGAACAGAAAAGAUGGACUCACACACACAACAUGCCCAAAGACAGAGCAUACCAGGGGCCCCUGACUCUCAGCUUGCACUUCAGGUUCAAGACAGCAGUGCGUCCAUCUGCUCACCUGGUUCAUCAGCUCCUCCCACGGCCCCACCAAACCUCCUGGAUCCAGUCACAGGGCGUUCUGACGUGGUUUCCCUGGGAACGGUGAACACUGCGUCUGAUAGGCUGGCACUGAUUGGCAGCAUGGGGGGUUUCCUUGGCAAGAUGGCGGAGCAGGGGCUCCAGCCCUCCAUGAAGACUCUGACUCUGCUUGGUGACGUCAUGGAGCCGGGCAGGCAGGCCGUGCAGAGCCUCCUCACAGUAGCCAGUGAGAACCAGCUCAAACUCGACCGCCCCUUCUUCAAUACACUGAUCAGAAGGACCGCUAAUGCCGGCGACCUCCAGGGUGCAAAGGCCAUACUGGACCUGAUGUCUGUUAGGAAGGUAUCUCCAGACGUGCAGUCUUUCUGUAACGUGGCUUUGGCUUGCAACACAAAACACGAGGGACUACAGCUGCUCUCCGACAUGGAGUCUUGUCGUAUAGCACCGAAUGCACACGUAUACAGCGCUCUCAUCAGACAAGCAAGCAGACGUCUAGACUACGUCUACCUGAAAGAGAUUCUGGGAUCCAUGCAUGAGAAGCAGAUUGCCCCGAAUGAGGUCAUUCUCAGACAGCUGGAGUUUGCUGCUCAGUAUCCUCCUACCUACGACAAGUAUAAAUCAAAGAAUACCUAUUUGGAGAAGAUUGAUGGUUUCCGUGGAUACUACCAGGAGUGGCUACAGACAAUGCCAGGACAGGAGACCCCUCACCCUUGGGAGAAGUUCCAGACCCUGGAAACUGCAACAGAAGAAGACAUUGGCAAAAUAAAUAUCCAUAAUGAUAGUAUUGGUCGUACUUAGCCUCAGACUUGUGCCUUCUCAUUUGUCAAUACUGUCUGAUUGUAAAUUAUGUAAAUAUUUCAUAUUAGUGGUACUGAUAAUAAAACUCAUUUGAAACGAA